UCAACCGACAGGAAGCAACAAGUGUGCACGCAUGGCAGGAAGAAAUGUGUGUGCGUUUGACAAAGCAGCUCACCCCAUCCUGCUGAGGCUCCACAUACAGAUCAUCACCGAUCCGUGACAGAGACUGGAUGGAUUUGGCCAGUACUGGCCGGGUGUAAGAUCUGAGGAACGUCACACCGUCUUUCCUCCUUUUCACCAUUGAUAGAAAUGUCUGUCACCAAAGGGGAGUGACUCAAACGACCUUUGUGCGCCGAAACCUCGGCUAUCACAAGAGAGAGAGAGAGAGAGUUUGAAAGAACACGACAAGAGAAAAGUCACAUUUCUGUGAAGAAUAGAGAGAGACUGCUGCUGAAUGUUUUGAGGUUAGGGAGGAGAGGGAGACGUGUGAGAGUGAAACCUCCAUCCAACACAGAAAAGAAGAAACAGAGGAAUAUAAACCUUAAGAGAUGGCUCCGUCUUGAUAAGAAACUAUGGAAAGAAUCAUGGCAAACGACUGGAGAAAUAAAAGAGGAGGGAACAUCCACCACAGGGAAAUAAACAUCAAAAGGACAAAAUGGUGACGUUAUCUACACACAGAUGAUUUCUUCUUCUUCUUCGUGGUCUCUUUUUUAAAGCAGCUCUUUACAAAUGUCUGCAAGGAAUCCACCACUGUUUAUAGGACUGUAUUGUUAUGUUUCCGCACAGUCGUCGUUGUCAUGCUCUUCUGGAUUAAAUACGCAGCAGAUCUCUUCCUAGAUGUCUCAGUCACCUAAUCCGAAAGACACUCAGGCUCUGCUGCAGUCCAUGCUGCAGAGACUGAAGCUCCAGCCGGGGAGAGAGGGCCAGGUGUACCUGAAUGCACCUGCACCCAACACAGCUGUUCACACAUGGGUGCAGGGCGGAGAGAGGGGAGCCUCUGACUUCCAGGGAGUGAACUGCAGCCCUGGUAAUGGCUUUGAGUUUGGUUCUAAUGAUCGCCCCUCGAAAGAGUUUGGGAUCUCCUCUGUGGAGCUACAUCAGCCAGGUCAUGCCUGUGAAGUGGACCGGGGUCUUAUUUCCUUCUCCGCCCGCAAAGAAAACACUGACAGAGACACGGGUGAGAACAGGGCGAUGAGGCAGAACACACAUAUCCCAACUGGAACAGAGCAGCUGUUUCCUGCUAAAUCACUCAAAGAUGCGGCUAUCUCUUCCUCUGAGAGAACAGAUGGGGGGAAUUUUGUCAGUUCUGCCAUGAUAAGUCACACCCCUGAUGAUAAAGAUGCUGCAACAAGUACAGGACGGGGUCAAGGUUUCACACCCAAAGUCUACAUGUGGUCUUUGAAGCCGACGGAUGAGAAUAUUCACACAGAAAGUAAAGAGGACCAACUGUUGCACGUGGGGAACGGAGGAUUUGGAGCUAAAGACAUGCAGGUUGGCUCACCGGGCAAAACAGACAGCAUCUCCAGAAGACAACAGCGAUCAGCUGGGAAUAAAACGAGAAGAUGGACUCAGAAGAUAAAGGAGAGGUGGAGAGACAGGCAGGGCAGUUUUGGCAAAAAGGGAAAAGAGGAAGGAGGGGGAGAAGACCAGAAGAGAGAGCAAGGAACUGGAAUUUUACCUCAAAACCAGCCGAUGACAGCAGAGACUCUCAUCAACACGCCAAAUAAGGAAGAUGAAAGACCGGCCCCUUCACUGGACAGCAGUGACCCCAGUAAAACCGCCCCUGCACAGACAGAGGAUGGCAUCAAUGAAGGAUACAUGAGGUCAACAGGGGACUUUCAGUUGGGUCUGGGCUCCUUCAGUCUACUGGAGGAGAUCGUCACAGGUCAAGAGUGGGCAAAGUUCCUAAAACCACAACUCUCAGCCACCUCAGCCAAUCAGAGACCUUUAGAAGGACUACAAAUCGCACAGAAUCCUCACCGUACCCUGAUUUUCAGCCGGCCUGGAGGUCGGAACAAGCAGUGGUCGACACCUGCCUCGGACUUUAGCAUGGGGCAAACAUCAUCAGAAGGUGUCCUGCCCGUCGGCAUGGAUGUUUCAGGAGGAAAGCAAAAGCAGGAUGUUCACUCUGAGGCUGACCAUUCAGAACCAAUGGAGCAUGGGAACAACCAAUCAGAUCUGCAGUCAGAAGAGAGUGGAAAGCUACAAAAAGCUACCUUUCUUAGGCCUGCUGAUCUUCUUGACAACUCGGCGUUGAAGAGCAGAGUCCAGCUCCACAGAAAGAGGCAGCAUCAGUCAGCUGAGAGGAGAGACCAGAGGCUUCAAAGACCGAAUAUAAAUGAUGGGAAUACGAUAGGCAGAGAGGGGUCCAUAGCUUCAAGAAGCGAGUCGAUGAAGGAGACAGGAGAGGACUCACGACGUGUCGUCCUGCCUUUAUACAUCCUAAACUCUCCUCAACCUCUCUCUCCUUCUUCUUCUUCUUCUGCUCCACCAAAGGGUGUCCUCAAACACUCCAUAUCCCAGGAUUCAGAGUCCUCAAUGGAAGUUCAGACAAAAAGGAGACGAGUUGAGGAGAACCGGCGUGUUCGCUUUUCAGAGGAGGUGCAGACAAUACCACUUCCAGACCUGGAUCUGGAAGAUUUGGACUCAGAGGAGGACUCUGAAGCAGAGGAGGACUCUGAAGCAGAGGAGGACUCUGUCACCGAGCAAGACUUUGAGGUGGCGCAGGAAACUAUGGAGGAGGUGGCACCGGCUCGUCGGCCUGCUCUACCUGCCUGGAUUCUGGCUCUGAAGAGGAGGAACACUGGGAGGAAGCCCAGAUAGUCAAGGUGCAACAAAACAGACACUUAAAGAUCGUUUCAUCUGGUUUGAAGAUGUUUCAGAAUAAGACCCUUUGGACCGAAAGUUUAGCAGUUAUUCAACAUUACAAUAUAUUAAUUCAUGCAUCUCCGGAGUGUUUUGGAUUUCUGUCUGGGCGCUACAAGCACCUCUUUGCGACUUCUUGCCCUCUCCUUACCGCCAACUGUGAUCAGCUCCUGGUGCUGAUCUGUACCACUUUCUAGUUUCUAGUUUUUCUGUCCAUGCUGUCUGCUCACUCCCUCUAGAAUGGAUUAUAUACCAGCAGUGUUGCACAUUCUGAAAAAACUGAUGAUGAUCAAAUUGGUGUCUGGAGUAAAGUUUCUCGCAGAAAUGAAACGAUGCCUCCUCCUUCAUAUUCAGACUCCUCUCUGUCCUGCUGUCUGUGACACUUAGCCGCUCUGUCUCCUCUUAAUGGCUUCUUGUCCAUUUGUCCAGGAAAUUAACCCCUGAGGAGGAAAGACAUAUGAGACUAUAGAGCUGAAGCAGAGGCUGCAGAUUCCACUGGUUACUUAUCCCUAGAUAUUAAAUCAUAAAAAUGUAUUCAUAGACUCUAUAGUAUUAUUUUUUUACAGAACAAGCUUGUUGUGUGUGUGUCUAUAUCAACUGAGAGUUAAGAGAAACGUCAAAGAAAUAAUUUAUUAUUUGGGGAAAUCGUCUUAUGUACUUUUGUUUUUGUAGUUUUUUUUGUAGUUUUGUUUGUGAAGAAGAUUAAAACCACUCUCAGUAAGAGUUUGUGCUUGCUUCCAGCGAACGCACUGCAACCCGCCAAAAAGCAGGCUGAUCCACAAACCCUCAUUAAGCUUUAUUAAAAAACAAAAUGUGCAAAAUGUGA